UCUACGUCGCUUGAUCACACACUAAAUCCAAGCAAGCAUGUCUGGAGUUUUACCACCUGAUAAAAAGCAACUACGUGCUUGUCUUUUAUGUUCAUUAGUAAAGAAUGCUGCACAAUUUCGACAAUCCGGUUGUGAGAAUUGUGAAGAUCUCCUUGGCAUGCGAGGUAGCAUGGAUCGAGUCGCAGAAUGUACAAGUUCCAAAUUUGAAGGGGUCAUUGCUAUGAUGCAGCCUCAAGACAGUUGGGUGGCAAGGUGGCAACGUAUUGAGAAAUUUACAAGAGGUGUAUAUGCCAUUCGAGUGUAUGGCAGAUUACCUGAAGAUGCGGAAGACGACCUAGAACGACGUGGGAUUUAUUAUCGACCAAGAGACGGCAGUGUGCAAGACUAAAGUCACUCUUUUUCACUGCUUGUGGAACGCAAGCGCCCCUUUCCCCCUUCUUUUUUUUUUGUCAAUGUAUAGUUAUUUUUUUUUUCCUUUUUUUUUCAUUUGAUAGAAAUGUCUCGACCAGCAUCCCUUUUGAAGAUCACCUAAUGAAUCACACAUGUUACCUGUCACCCGUGGAAAAGUUUAUUACCGCAGGCAAAAGAAAUUGAAAGCAAAAUGAUGUGCAUCUCAAAAGGGAUGAUAUGUUUUGCAGAAGGGAAACUGUGUGUCACUUUUUCACCCUACUCCCCUUAUUAUGUAAGUCAGAUCGACCGACGUCCAUCCAAGAAAAAGAGAUAGAGUCGACGAUCGUAUCACCUUGGCCCUGAGAUAGAAAAUAAACUUGGAUUUGUACUCGAUAUGAAUCAAGAUCAAAG